AUGGAGAAACGUCAUGCACGACCGAUUUAUCUCGAUGACUCGAGCAGCAGCAGUAGCAGCAGUCCAUCUUCCAAAUCGAGUUCAGCCUCCAUUCCAUCCAAUCCCAGCAUUUCCAUCUCGAGGCCCUCCAAUCCCAGCAUUUCCAUUUCGGCUCCUUCCAGAAGCAGUCAAGAUGAAAACGAAGACGAAAAUGAAGUGGAAAUUCUAAAGAGUCUUUACGCUCAAGGUGGCGAUGAUGAUUCGUUCCUUGUGAGCGAGAGCUCGGAAACUGAAGUGCAUGUCAAUGAACAAGUUCAACAAGAACAAAAACAGCAAGACGAUGACGAUGACUCGGCAGCGGCAUUGCGAGGCUACACGGACGAUGACAUGGAUGGUAGCGACCAAGACGACAUGGUGGUCAUUGUAGAUUCCUCGGACAGGUCAGAAACACAAGAUUCCAGGGAAGAAGAAAGCUUUGAUGCCAUUGGCGGCACCAAGGACAUUUUGGAAGAGGGCAUGGAAGUCAUGGAAGAAACUCUGGAAGAGCUUGUGGAAUCAGCCACAAAAACCGAACCGAUGGAGGAUCAAGGAGAUGAUUUAGCUCUGAAUUCUCAUUCCAUGGAUGCUGUCGUGGGAGAAUUCGAAGUUUCCGAGUUGAAUCAACUGGAUGCUGCGGAGGAACCAGUUUUGAUCCGAGAAGAUGAAGUAACCAAUGUAUUGGGUGUUCAAGAUGGUACUGGUCAAUCAUUCUUUUCCAAGCUAUUUGGUCAUUGA